AUGGAUAUCCCCUCGGUUUCAUUCGAGACGAUGAUGAACACCUUCACUCAAAGGCUCAUCAAAGGAGAAUUCUUUCAGUCGCUCAUCAGGAAGUUGCCCAGGGACUUUGACCACCCACUCAGGAAGGCCAAUGAAUACAUAAAUAUGCAAGAAGCUCAUGCAGCGAGGAAGAAGGAAACGCCGACCGAGCCCGUGCCAGCGCCCGAGCGGCGAUCAUCGAACAACCACCAACCACCCAAAGGGCCAAGGGCAGAGGGAGCAAGACCACACCAGGAGGCCAGGACACAUGCCUCAACAACGCACAACACGCAUGACUGCUACAAUCUGACACUGAUCGACACCGGACUGACGCCAAGAGGAUACCACCGCCGAUCUCCAACUCCCGAUCGGCGACAUAAACAACGAUCUACCGGGAGACGAGAAGACGAAAGAAGGGUGCCUGAGCGACACCAUCAGCACCAGUGGAAGGAUAAUGCUUAUCCCUCCCGAGUCUCAGUUGAACAAAAUAGACCCUCCGCUCGGGAAGAACAAAACAGAAGCAACGCCGCCCGAGGAGAAAUAGGCAUGAUUGCCGGAGGAUUGACCGAUGACGACUCCAACAGAGCCAGGAAGUCGUACACUUGGCGACUGGAGAUCCAUGCCGUGGGAUGCAUCAGGGAGAAGGUCGAAGGGCCCGAGAUUAGCUUCGGCCCCAAUGAUUUGGAGGGAGUGAAGAUCCCUCACGACGACACGUUGAUUAUCCGGGUAGUAAUUGCUAAUUAUACUAUUCACUAA